AUGGCACAACCCGUGCCUCAUCAUGCGACGGACAAGAAACGCGUCAAGGUCUAUGAGUUGCGCAACAAUGACUGGUUCGACCGAGGCACCGGCUUCUGCACCGCUGCCUUCAUGCAGACGGAGGAAGGCCAACCUCGAGACCCCAGAGUCAUUGUCGAAUCCGAAGACCACCCCGACCGGCUCCUACUAGAAACCAAAAUCUGUAAGGAGGACGGGUUUCAGAAGCAACAAGAGACUCUGAUUGUCUGGACGGAACCUAGUAAUGGCAUUGAUAUGGCUUUAUCCUUCCAGGAGGCGGAUGGCUGUGCUUUGAUCUGGAAAUUUGUCAACAAUGUGCAGCAGACAUUUCAAGGUGGAAUGGCUGGCGCUGACGAUAGCCUCUCUGACGAUCUCGCCAUGGAGAUGCCCAGCGCAAUCAGCCUCCCUCCCGCCGAGAUAGGGAAUCUACCCGAGAUCGAAACCAGCAUGCGUAUGAUGAGUCAGACCGUCAACGGACGAGAGGCACUUUGCAAGUGUAUCACCCAAGAGGGCUACAUUCGCAAGCUGAUUCCCUUGGUUGAGAUGGCCGAAGAUCUUGAGAGCUUGCCCGACCUGCAUCGCUUGUGCAACAUCAUGAAGACCGUCAUCCUUCUCAACGAUACUCAACUCAUCGAGCACGUGGUAUCCGACGAGUGCGUUCUCGGCGUCGUUGGUGCCCUCGAAUACGAUCCAGACUUCCCGAGUCACAAAGCCAAUCACCGCCAUUGGCUUGACAAUCAAGGAAGAUACAAAGAGGUCGUCCCGAUCGAGGACGACAACAUCCGAAGGAAGAUACACCAAACCUACCGACUCCAAUACCUGAAGGAUGUCGUCCUGGCACGGAUAUUGGACGACCCGACCUUUUCUGUGCUCAAUUCUCUGAUCUUUUUCAAUCAAGUGGACAUUGUUCAGCAUUUGCAAGGAAAUGGAGGAUUCCUCAACGAACUCUUUAGCAUUUUUAAGGCGACCCAACCGGAUCAGAUGCGGAAGAAGGAAGCCGUCCUCUUCAUCCAACAAUGCUGCGCCAUCGCUAAGAACCUCCAACCUCAAGCUCGCCAGACGCUCUAUAACAACUUCCUCAGUCACGGUCUUCUCCAGGUCAUCAACUUUGGCCUCCGUCAUCCCGACGUGAGUGUUCGGGUGGGCGCAACCGACGUACUGGUAUCUCUGAUAGACCAUGAUCCGCACAUGAUUCGCGGCACCAUUUACCGGCAGCUUCACGACGGCCAACCACCCUUGACAGAUUCGCUCAUUGACUUGCUCUUGGUAGAAGUCGACCUUGGCGUAAAGUCACAAAUUUCGGAUGCGCUGAAGGUCCUCCUCGACCAGGGACCUCCGAUUCAGUCACAGGAGGCUUUUGCAAAAGCGAACGGGGAGUUUUCUGGCCGAAGACCACAAGCAGCGGAGAACCCUCAGCACGAGUUGUUCCUUUCCCAAUUUUACUCGACAUCAGCACAGCGGCUCUUCCGGCCACUGAUCGACCUUCAAGGUCGUACAGACAUGACCUUCCCGGUGCAGCAAGCCUCAAUGUUCACAUAUCUCAUUGAGAUCCUGUGCUUUUUUAUCCGGCAGCAUGUGAACCGCAGCAAGUUUUUCGUCCUACACCAGGAUCUCCUGCGGCGAAUCGCUCAGCUCUUCGCUUGCCCGGAAAAAUACCUACGACUCGUUGCCAUUCGAUUCUUCCGCAACUUGGCGGGCAUGCAGGACAACUUUUACGACAAGCACAUGAUGGAGCAUGGCAUUCUGGAGCCUCUUCUCGACAUGGUGUAUCGGUCCAUGCCUCGGGACAAUCUGCUGAGCUCGGCUUGCGUGGAGUUCUUCGGAUUCAUCACCCAACAAGAGCAUAGAAAAGAGAUCAACAAGUUCCUCGUCCAAAACUACCGGGAGCGACUGGUUGAUUUAAGCUAUAUGGAUACCUUCCGGAACAUCAUAGUGGUCUUUGAUCAGACGCAAGGUCACACCAUUGACUUCUACACGGAAACAGAAGAGGAUCAUGCUAGGCGAGCCGCCAAUCCCAACCAGAGGAUAACGGAACACAUCGCCAUUGACCAAGCCGAGGAGGACUACUUUAACACGUCAGACGAUGAAGAUGGUCCCGAAAGCAGAGCCUUUGACAAGGUGCAGCCGGCAAACGGCUCAGCGGCGUCAACGCCAGCCUCAAAACCAUUGGUCGAUUAUCCUUCAGACGAAGAGGUAGACGAGAAUGCGGACCCCGAGAUGUUGCCGACCUCCGAUGACAAGCGCGAUGGUACAGACGGUGCCUCUGACACUAGCAGUGAAUCAUCUUCAGUCGCACCCCCGGAACGACUCUCUGAAAAAAGGCGCCGUGAAGAAGACGACGACGAUGAGCUUGGCAAACUGAUGCAAAACAAACGCAGAAACAGCAGUUCUGCAGGCUCGAACGCAUCGAUGACGUCGAGCAUGGUCAGGAGAAAGAAAACGUUUGCCGAUCGUUCAAAUACGACGACGCCGAAGAAGAUUGCCAUCAGCAUAUCCCCGUCAGUGAAAACCGCCGGGACGGCAAGAUCGGACGAUGAAUCCUAG